AGGGGUUGAGUAAAAAGGAAGCCACGUUGACACGGAAAGUGGUAUUUUCUGUGUUUUUUUAACGCCGGACAAUAACGGUCACGUCGACAGGUUACAUCUGUCAUCUCAGAAGUCUCAGCUGGAACAUCUAAGGACAGAGCAGAAACGCCACAUCAUCUGACAGGAUGAGUGUUGGAUUCAUCGGAGCGGGCCAGCUGGCUCAUGCACUGGUGAAGGGUUUCACUGCUGCAGGUGUGAUUGCCACACACAGGAUUACAGCCAGCUCCCCAGACACAGACCUCCCCACUGUGACAGGACUGAGGAAAAUGGGCGUAAACCUGACAACUAGCAACAAAGAGACCGUCAACAAAAGCGAUGUGCUCUUUUUGGCUGUGAAGCCCCACAUCAUCCCAUUCGUUCUGGAUGAAAUAGGACCAGACAUCGAGGACCGUCAUCUCAUAGUCUCUUGUGCGGCAGGUGUUACCAUCAACUCCAUAGAGAAGAAGCUGCUCCAGUAUCGCACAGCUCCUAAAGUCAUGAGAUGUAUGACAAACACUCCGGUGGUGGUGAGAGAGGGAGCUACAGUGUACGCCACUGGGACGCAUGCAGAGGUGGAGGAUGGCAAGUUGCUGGAGCAGUUGAUGGCCAGUGUAGGUUUCUGCACAGAGGUGGAGGAAGACCUCAUCGAUGCCGUCACUGGUCUGAGUGGCAGCGGACCCGCCUAUGCGUUCACAGCCCUGGAUGCUCUUGCAGACGGAGGAGUGAAGAUGGGUUUGCCCAGGAGACUCGCUGUCAGACUUGGAGCUCAGGCUCUAUUGGGAGCAGCUAAGAUGCUCCUGGACUCGGAGCAGCACCCCGGUCAGCUGAAGGACAACGUGUGCUCACCAGGGGGCGCCACCAUCCACGCCCUGCACUUUCUGGAGAGUGGCGGCUUCCGCAGCCUCCUGAUCAACGCGGUGGAGGCUUCGUGCAUCAGGACACGGGAGCUACAGUCGCUGGCAGACCAGGAGCGAAUCUCUCCAGCAGCCAUUAAGAAAACCACGUUGGACAAAGUGCUCCAGCAGCCCGGAGUCACAGUCAGCGGAGUGGCUAAUGGGAACGGCAGAUCAGGGCUCAGCUUGUUCAACAAUCGCACCUCUGGGAUCAAGAAGAAAAACUGAGGACACAGGGAGACACACAAAUACAACAAACGACAUAUUACAGGUUUCAGUGUACCACUGCGUACACACGUGGGCAUGCAUACAUAUUAAGCCGAUGUUCAGCCAUAGAAUUUAAAAAAAUGGACUCAGGACUGCUCAGAAAUCAUAUCCAGAUUACUUUGCCAAAUAACUUAUUCGUACUUGAGUGACAUGCGAACCAUGGACCUGGUGGUGACGUCACCACAUUACACACAAGCACAGGUGUAUUCUGCACACAUUGCUCACAGUUACAGCCUUAUGUUGUGAUGCAGGAUUACUGUCUACAAAUACACAAAUCCAGAUACACACUGAAGUGCAGAAGUGCAUUUACAAUCUGUCUGUCUGUGUUUGGGCUCGAGAGUCUCUGGGGCCGUUAAACGGUAAUGACCCAGUGGGCCAUCAUGGGCUCCUGGUACACACCAGGCAGCAGAUGGCUGCUGGAUAACAUAAAGCUGUUAUUGUAUGUCUUUAAUGUCUGUCUUUAAAAAAAAAAAAAAAAAAAACUGAAGUCACAGUGGAAAUCAUCAUGUACCCUUUUUUUCUUUUUGCAAAUAAUUAUCUUUGUUUGGCCAACAGUAUUAUACUGUUAACGAAGACUGAACGUGGAUUGAACAAGCAUUUUAAUAACUUUUGUUUGUCAUAUAUGAACACUAUGGUCUGCUAGCACAUUAAGGACUUUGUGCCUUUGGCCCAGAACAUUUUUUUUUCUCUCAUAAAGGUCAUUCCGAGCUGUAAUACACUCCUGAUUUCAGCAUUGUUUGUUGUUCUGAAGGACAUUGUACGUCUUAAAACCCAAAGGCGCUUAGGUAUUCUCUCAUAAGGGAGUGUGAUGUUAUUUUCUGGAACUGCUUAAAUUAUCUACCCAGUGAAAUGCAAUUUAUGUAAACUAUGAUGUCAUGGCAUUACACCAGACAUGAAUCCGUCCAAACUGUGCUUUUUGCUUUGUUCUUUAUAUUUUAUCCCCAUAAUGUUUCAUGUAUUGUUUUGUUUAACACAUUUCUCCAAUGAAUUGAUAUGGGAGUCAAGAAGCUAAUAUUAAAGAAGCAUAAUUGGG